AGGAUGUGGUCUGUCCUAGUUAUAAACAACACGGGAGACUUUUAUUUUGAAGACUCAUGAAUAGUCGUCACACAAUAAAAUGUUUAACGUUACCAGCCUCCAAGUUAGCUAGCUACCCACCCAACGUUAACAUACGGUCGUAGCAGCAGCUUGGUUUGCUGGUGAAAUGGAUUCAAAAACUCAAGGUCUCAAUCUCCCUCUAUCCUCCUUGUGUCUCCUGGUUCCACCAAUACGCUUGAUGUCAGCAUCUAUGUGGCAAGUGGCUGAGCAGCGUAAUGUGAUGCAGUAUGGGAAGCUGGAGGAAUUUGUGACUUUGGUGACAGAGAUGGUCCCAGAGCUGCUGAGCUCCAGGCAGAGGACCCAACUCAUCCUGGGACUGAGAGCAAGGCUGGUUCUUGAGUUGUGCUGUGGUAAAGAGGACAUGGUGGACCAUCAAACCAUCCAACGCCACUUGGAUAGAAUCCAGUCAUGCACAGUAAAGCACAAAGCGAGAGAAAACAAGAAAGUGGAGGCAUCAAAGUCUAACUUUGUGGAGCUGGUUCAAACAUUGCUGGAAGACCCAGCGAAGAGGGAACACUUUUUUCAGCUCUCUACAUUUUCAUUAAAGGAGGUGUUCCCAGUGCAGUACGGUACUAAGUAUGACACAGCACUGCAGAUUCUGGUGUGGGAGUUCUUCUCCAGAUUGGAGGAGCUGCUGCCGGUACCCAGCUUUACACAGACAGCAUCUUGUCUCAGCCUUGCAUUCUCUGACCUGGAGGAGUGUGUUCAGUCUGUCUCUGACCCUGAGCACCUGAAGACACUGCUACAGCAUCAAAGACACCUGGGACACCUUAACAGAGAUAAUUUGUUCUACGACUCUGACACCAUCCUGUCCGCUCUGUCCCUCACUUCCUUGGUAAACUCGAAACAAACUUCAGUGGAGGCUCGAGGUCAUGACACUAGGAAGAAAGAACAGGAGGGUAGAGAAGAGUGGCGACCAGAAAUCAGUUACAAUGGAACUGAUCAGGACGUUGAACGACUUGAAGAGGCUGGUGAAUCCAGUUCUGGACAGCAGAAACCAGGAUCAUCACUACACGCUCGUCCAGUGGCCAUAGACGAACUGGAUAGUGACAUGCCCUCCCAGGUCUUCUCCUGCCCCCAGUGCCCAUUCUCCCACAGGAGAGAGGUGAACCUUCAGCAGCACAUCAGGAAGGAACAUCUAACAGAGGAGGACAGCAGGAACCUGGACUCUGGAGGAGCUGAGAACUCACUGCCAUCCAGUCAAACAAUACAGAGACCGUCAAUCAAGACAACCAAGAAGUACAUCUGCUUUAAAUGUGGAAAGGGUUUCAGAAGCCCAUCGGACCUGAAACGACAUAAGGGUGUUCACACAGACAUGCAGCCGUUCCAUUGCAACCAGUGUGAUAAAAGAUUCAAAGCGAAGGGUAGUCUAAAACAGCACCAACGGGUUCACUCAGGAGAAAGGCCUUAUGAUUGCUCACAUUGCGGCAGGGGGUUUAGGACAUCGGAUAUCUUAAAAUCUCAUAUACGCAUUCAUACUGGGGAGCGACCUUAUGGGUGUACAAUGUGUGGGAAGAGAUUUAUUCAACGGCAAGUACUAACAAGACACAUCAGGAUGCACAGUGGAGAGAAACCAUACUUGUGUAGCAUUUGUGGAAAGACCUUUGCUUGCUCAGGGGAACUGAUGGUACACUCAAGGAUCCACACAGGGGAACGACCAUAUCAUUGUGAACAAUGUGGGAAUACUUUUAGUCUAGCAAGUAAACUGAAAGUGCAUCAGCGAAGUCAUACAGGCGAACGCCCAUACCCCUGUACACAGUGCCCCAAAGGCUUCUCCACCUCCACCAGACUAGUGAAACACAUGCGAAUUCAUACUGGGGAGAAACCUUACCCAUGUGUAAAGUGUGGCAAAAGAUUCUCUGAAAGGGGAAACAUGAGAAUACAUCAACGAAUGCAUGAAAAAGAGAGAAAAGGGCGACAAAUGUAUUGAUAAACCAUAAGCUGUUGAAAUGUUCUUUGUAGAUUCUGCUCUAUAUAGUUCUCUGCUACAUUUUCAGGUGAUUAUGACAUGUUUGUAGAUCUUCUAAUUUGUCACAAUACCAGGCGGUGUAACUUCAGAGAUGAUUGGCAAAAUUUGUGUUCUAAAUAUUGUAACCGUUCUGUAAAAUGUUAGUUACGUCUGGUUAUAUGCGAACAGAUCAGAUUUUACCCUGAAAUAAUUUCCCGAGUUCAAUGCUACCCAGUUGGAAAACUAACAAUGGGCAAAAACACUAUUAUAAACCACAUUUCUAAUAUAGCAGGGCAUCUUAAACAAUACCCUCAAAUAAAAAGUGACAUUGUACUUUUGCCUCAUAUUUAUAGUUUACACACCUGGCACCACCUCUGUUGUGUUUCCUAUAGACCCAAAAUAUAUUUAGAUUAAUUGAACAAUUGCUUAAUUCUAUUUAGCCUUUUUCCACUUGUUAACUUCACUAUAUACAGUGCCUUGGAAAGUAUUCAGACCCCUUAACCUUUCCCACAUUUUGUUAGGUUACAGCCUUAUUCUAAAAUGGAUUAAAUUGUUUUUCCUUAUCUGUUUUGCUUUGUCAUUAUGGGGUAUUGUGUGUAGAUUGCUGAGUAAAAAAAAAAAGUGUAUCCAUUUUAGAAUAAGACUGUAAUGUAACAAUGUGGGGAAAGUAGAGGGGUCUGAAUGCACUGUAGGUGAUUUGGUGGUAAACACAGAUUCAAUAAAAGCACCAUUAUUGUACUAACAAAGCUGGCUAGUGGUGUGUAGGGUCCAGUGAUUUGUGGACAUCUAUCAGCUUUGCCUUUCUCCCAGUGGCAUUUAAUGCCUCCAUGGAAUUUACGGUGAGUUCCAAAAGCAUUGGGACAGUUACACAUGUUGUGUUGUUUUAGCUCUGUACUCCAGCACUUUCAAUUUGAAGUGAUACAAUGACUGAGGUUAAAGUGCAGACUGUCAGCUUUAAUUUGAGGGUAUUUACAUCCAUAUCAGGUGAACUUUUUAGACAUUGCAGCAUGUUUUGUACAUAAUACCCCCAUUUAGGGGACCAAAAGUAUUGGGACAAAUUCACUUACACUGAGUGUAUAAAACAUGAAGGACCUGUUCCUAAUAUUGAGUUGCUCUGAACUCUGGAGGAGCUGAGAACUCACUGCCAUCCAAUGAAACAGUAAAGAACUCCUCAGCCAAGACAACGAAGAAGUACAUCUGUGUUCCACCAAAGGGAACAUGAAAGGCCAUAAACGUGUUCACACAGAGGAAAAGCUGUUUCAUUGCGACCAGUGUGAGAAAUUCAAAAAUCUAAUGGUACUCUAAUACUGCACCAAAGUGUCCACACAGGAGAAAGACCAUAUAUUCUUUGCUCACGUUUUGGCAGGGGGUUUAUGACAUCUGGGACCUUUAACUUCCCUUAUACUUACUCAUACUGGGGAGAGACCAUUCACCUGUUCUAUAUGUGGGAGGAGAUUUAUCCAACAGCAAUUACUAACACACCACCUCAGGAUGCAUACAGGGGAGAAAUCAUACUUACUGUAUGUAGCGUUUGUGGAAAUACAUUUUAUUUCUCAGGGGCCUUGUUGGUACACUCAUGAACACACAUGGGUAAAUGCCCCCACAGAUGUCAACUUUGUGGGAAUGUUUAGAAUGUAUUGGAUACUCAUGUUGCAGCGAAGGACUCACAGACGAGCUCCCAUUCCCCUGCUCUCAUUGUGAAAAACGCUUUAUCUCAAAAGCGCCCUUAGAUGACAUGCUUAUUCAUACUGGAGAGAAACCUCAACCAUAAAUAAAACUCAUAGGCCAUAGUUCAGGUAGUUGUCUUGUUCGAACACAACAUUUCUUCAUAGAUGUUCAUUUUCAAACUCUGUUUGACUCUCUCAAAGCCUUUGUUAAGUUCUUGGUUGUUUUUCAUUUAAAUAUAGACUCAACCACAAUCUUG